CAAAUUGCUGACAGAAUAAUAAUAUAAAUCUUACAAAAAAAAUAUGAUUGGUUGAUUCAAUUGAUUGACAGAUUUCAAUGAACCAAAGGAAGAAGAAGAAGAAGAAAAAUCAGAACCAAAUACAAUUCUGAAUUCUGAAAUGGGUAACUCUAAAGAUAAUUUAGUUGGGUUUAUUUUGGCGUUGUCAUCAAGUGCUUUUAUUGGAGCAAGUUUUAUUAUCAAAAAGAAAGGCCUUAGACGAGCUGCUGCUGCUUCUGGUGUUCGAGCUGGUGUUGGUGGAUAUUCUUACCUUUUGGAGCCCCUAUGGUGGUUGGGCAUGUUCACAAUGAUUAUUGGAGAAAUUGCAAAUUUUGUCGCUUAUGCAUUUGCUCCAGCAGUUCUCAUCACCCCACUUGGUGCUUUAAGUAUUAUUAUCAGUGCUGUGUUGGCACAUUUUAUCUUGAAUGAGAAGUUGCACAAGCUUGGGGUCUUGGGUUGUGUUAUGUGCAUUGCUGGUUCAAUAAUAAUUGUAAUCCAUGCACCUCAGGAGCAUCCUAUCACUUCCGUUCAAGAAAUAUGGACUAUGGCGACUCAAACAGCUUUCUUGCUUUAUGUGGCCUCGGUGAUCGUUCUUGUUGUUAUUCUAAUUUUCCAUUUCUCACCACUUUGUGGGCACUCAAAUGUCUUAGUUUUCACUGGCAUCUGUUCAUUGAUGGGUUCUCUUUCGGUCAUGAGUGUUAAAGCCCUUGGAACUGCUCUAAAAUUGACUUUUGAAGGAAACAACCAAUUGCUCUAUCCAGAAACAUGGUUUUUUGUGUUUGUUGUUGCUACAUGUGUCAUCACUCAGAUGAAUUACCUCAACAAGGCACUUGAUACAUUCAAUACUGCGGUUGUUUCGCCCAUUUACUACGUCAUGUUCACAUCACUUACAAUUCUUGCGAGCGUCAUCAUGUUCAAGGACUGGGCUGGCCAAAGCAUCGGAAGCAUUACUUCUGAAAUAUGCGGUUUUGUUGUUGUGCUUUCCGGUACUGUCUUGUUACAUUCAACCAGAGACUUCGAAAGAACAACUUCUUUUAGAGGAAAUUCAGGUAGCUAUGCACCUUUAUCUCCUACACUGUCUACUGGACUCUGCAGCGGGAAUGCAGAAUUUAUGAAGUACGAAGAGGGAGAUGCUCCGUCUGCCGAUGAUAUUUGCUUUCGAAGACAAUAGAUGACAAAAGGGACCCUCCUGCCUCAUAUAGUCGGUGCAAGGCAAAGUUUUUCUAAUCUUCAUCGCGUAAUGCUAGCUUGCACUAAUCUGGAUACAUCCAAAUUAUUGUUAACAGAAAUUUACAAUGCGGGUUAUUGUUUAAGGGUUCUCAAACUUGAGCAUCUUCAGAAAAUCAGUUCUGAAUCUAUUCUUCAUACGGAGGCGUUCUGGAAAUAUAUUUUUCAUUCCAAGACUGCUGGUGAGAGGAAGGGUUUGUUCAAUUUCUGAAGUAUCGAACAAGCGAUAUUGAUUUAACGAGAUCGAGAAACAUUAGUGAAAGAGUGAAUAGUUUUAUAGAUAUGAAUGUAUAUGCAUGUGGACGUCGAAACAGAGGGAGUUGCAGGAAUAGUGGUCAGUUGUUCAUAGAUGUGUAGAUUGAUUGUCUAGAGUUGCAGGAAUAGUGAAAAUUUGUAUUCUUUGAUCAGUUCAGCCAAAAAUGUACAAUUUCUGAAAAUUAUAAAUAUUUUUUAAAAUUAUUAAUAGUUCUGUUUUUUGUGUCGCAA